AUGGAUAACGAGCUCCACGUUCAGAGCGGACAAUUAGACGAUGAGACGGAUGAUCUUGACAUCGAUAACAUACUCAUGGCGGUCAUUGUCAUGGGACUGAUUUUCUUUGACCCUAGACUGAAUCAUGUUUCAAGAAGGAGAAAAAUUCGAGAUAGUGCACUCUCUGGCAGGGAUUAUGUACUUGAGGUGCUAAACGGCCAUCCGGAUCGAAUUAUCGAGAAUAUGCGCCUCUCUGUGCCCCUGUUCCUACACUUGUGCGACAUCUUGGUUGACCGGGGGUACUGGCACGCAUAUCCUUCUCAGAGGGUUGGGGUUCAUGAAUCCGUUGCCCUAACUCUAAUAUGCUUGAGCCAUGAUGAGCGUAAUUGGGUUUUAGCCGAGCGUUUUCAACAUUCCACGGAGACAAUUGAUCGGCAUGUAAGAAGAGUUCUGCGAGCAUUGGUGCGACUCAGUCGUGAUUUUGUUAGGCCGAGGAAUGUUGGUGAGACACACCCCAGAAUUUUGAACAACGGACUGUUUUACCCGUGGUUCAAGGAUUGCGUCGGUGCCUUAGAUGGAACCCACAUCUCAGCUUGGUGUCGAACAGAGAUAAGCGAGCGGUACAGAAAUAGGCACGGUGGGCUGUCUCAAAAUGUGCUUGCAGCUUGUGAUCAUGACAUGCGUUUUGUUUACGUUCGAGUCGGUUGGGAGGGCAGUGCACACGACGCCAGAAUUCUUCAGGAAACACUGCACCAUCCAAAUUCAGGAUUUCCAAUGCCACCUCUAGCAACUCAGAACAAUAUCGUGCUUGCAUGUUGUACUCUCCACAACUUCAUGAGAGAUUAUGCGCCUAACGAUGAGUACUUCGAUGAAGAAGCUGCCCUCGGAGCCCAACUAGAUCUCCAGGACGGAGGAAAUGAAAUCCAUGAAGCCCAACCCAUCGAUAUGUCGCAACAGGGUAUACAGAACUGGAACGAAAAUCGGCGGGCAAUUGCAGUUCAUAUGUAUGUGAAUCGGCAUGGUGCUUAA